UCUAGCGCCACUAACAUAGAUGUGUACAAUAUGUAUCAUGUAUGUAUCACUAGGAAAUAUUGUUAGAAGUUAUAACAAAAAUGUAGUUUUCGUUUUUAACGUGUGGUGUAACAAAUCAAUUGGUAUCACUAAUUACUACAUUGUUGUAUUUUUAUUAUCCAACAAUAGACACUGGAUUGGUUAUCUCGUUAGUAGCUACAAAACCAAUUUUCUUCCAUAACUUUUCGUAUCCUUUCGUAAAUAUAUAAAAGCAAAAGAAAACGAAAGUGUCAUAAAGUAAAAAGAAAAACAAUAAGAAUUCAGAACUUGAGUAACUUUAUAAGAAAAUAGGAAAAAAAAUGAGAGGAGACUAUAGCAUUGCCAAGAACGGUAUAGUCUGGUGCUUUGUGUUACAAGUCAUCAUAUUCUAUGUAGAAUCGAUAGAAGUUGGAGAUGUGAGUUUCACGAUAGCGAUGAAAAACGAAAUGUACGGCUUAAAACGUCCAUCAGUUGUCUACCGGUGUAAGUCAUCUGAAAAAUCCCUCCGGUGGCACAGAUCGCGUCCCAAAACGCAAUUUUCAUGGGAUUUUGAUGUACCGCCGUUUGGAAACGGCGUGGUGAUUCACAUAUGCCAUUUCCUGUCAAGCCAAGGGACAGCGCAUGUCGAGAUCAGGACGUUGUCGAUGACAUCUAUGUUGUGCGGAGGACAUGUGUGUAAAUACGUCAUCAAGCCGAACGGUAUAUAUUUCGUUGGUUUUGAGACGUACUAUCCGCACAACAUUUUGUUAAGGUUUCUAGAGUUGGUGAGGCCUGUUGAAAAGCUUGUCGAGCCAUGGAAGGCGUGGUCUCCGAGGCAGUUAAUAGCUUUGCGAGCGGAACGCAAUCGCACCAGGUCAAGCGAUGACAAUGAUUACGAUGAUGACGACAAGGAAAAGGACGAUUAGGUAUAGAACACAAGAAAGAGACAGAAGAAAUGAUGAAGAAUAUAGUAGUUUAUGUUCUUUCUGUGAUAUGUACCAAAAUGGUAUGUACAUGUACUUUUGUAUCUUAAUAUGUCGACCAAAAAUAAGAAAAUUCUUUAUUUUUAACAUAAUUUGGCUCUACAAUCUGACUUGUCGUUGUG